CACUGUCAUGACCAUUGUCCCGAUGGGAAUGCUUGCGUGAGGAUCAUUCGCAGGCACAAAAAGGAUCAGCCGGCUUGGCACGUGGCGACGAACCGAGCCGAUACAUUUACUCCGCACGACGACGACAUCUCUCAUGCCAUGCGCUGAGCGCUGACUACGCUCGACCAUCACGGCGGACAGCGUCAGCGAGCGCGACAGCUCUCGCCUCAAUCCGAGGUCCUGCACUGUCAGCGUGAAGGACAGCCGAAUAGACUCGCUCGACAGCUAGAAACACAUCAUGUCUGCUGGCUCUCCACCCAAACCGUGGGAGCGAGCUGGGGCUGGAGGCGCCUCGGCUGCAACACCGGCAACGAUGACGUCCACCGCAGCGACACCGACGGCGAGCUCGGCAUCGGCGGCGCCAGCACUACCUGCACGAUCCGAUGCAUUGAGCACUGUCGCCAACCGAACAGCGGCAAACUACUCCACCAUGAACAGGCCGUCACCGUACGGAAUGGGCACCUCGCCAUAUGGAGGUGGGAUUGGAGGUUAUGGCGGCAUGUCUUCGUAUAGCUCACCCUACAGUCGAUUUGGUGGCAUGGGAGGCAUGGGUAGUAUGUACGGAGGCAUGGGAGGAUAUGGAGGCAUGGGAGGGUACGGCGGCUAUGGAGCCAUGAACGGUGGCAUGUACGGCCAACCCGGACAGCUCGGACCUGACGGACAACCUCUCAGCUUGACGCAAGCAUACAGUAACAGCACACAAGCCACGUUCCAGAUGAUUGAGAGCAUAGUGGGCGCCUUUGGAGGAUUUGCACAGAUGCUGGAGAGCACAUAUAUGGCUACGCACUCGUCCUUCUUCGCCAUGGUCAGCGUAGCGGAGCAAUUUGGCACCCUCAAACAAACGCUUGGUUCAGUGCUUGGGAUAUUCACCAUCAUGCGUUGGAUACGAACAGCGAUUGCCAAGCUCACUGGCCGGCCACCUCCCGCAUCCUCGACAGAACUUACACCUGCCAAUUUUGCACAUUUCAAUGGGCAAUCUGGACCUGCUGGACAACCCGGGUCCAUGGCGAAACCCAGUCGAAAACCAUUCGUCUUCUUCAUCGUAGCCGUAUUUGGUCUACCCUGGCUCAUGAGCAAGUUGAUUCGAGCCCUGGCAGCUUCACAAGAAGCGCAACAACAGAUGGGCCCACUUGACGUGAAUGGUCAGCCCACACAACCCCUCGACCCGUCAAAACUAGACUUCUGUCGUGCUUUAUACGACUACACUCCACAAGCACAGCCUGGUCAAGCUUUCCAAGAGGGCAUCGACCUCGCCGUCAAGAAGGGCGACCUGGUCGCCGUUCUCAGCAAAACAGACCCCAUGGGCCAGCCUUCCGAAUGGUGGCGAUGCAGAGCCCGCGAUGGCGGAGUCGGGUACCUCCCAUCGCCUUAUUUGGAGACCAUUCAGAGGAAACCUCCGCAGGCUGCGAUCAUGGCGAAAGGCUCGCAGAGUCAGCCUGGAAGUGAGACGAAUUCGAGAGUCAACACGAUGACAUCUGCGACGGUGGCGAGUCGAGCAAAUUCGAUGAACAUUACUGAUAGAGAGAAGGCGGCAGUUCAAAAGGCGAACAAGGGCUUGCCGCCCACGGUCAAGGGGAAGCCCGGGGAUAUGGGAAUCGAGAGCUUCCAAAAAGGAGCUUUCAACUCGUGAUGAUUGCAUAUUCGGAACGGCGCAUUGUACAGGACUACGAAUCUUCUUUUGGUGGGUGGAAAUAUUGGAGCGUGGCGUGGCGUUGGGAGCGCGUAUUUGAUUACCCCAAAAAGAUUAAUGGCUCACGCGGAGUUGUGUACACCUAUCGUUCGUCAUUCGGUUGGUGAGAUUAAAAGUGAGAGUAUGUAUUAAGCCAUUUGGAGUCACCCAUAGACC